UUAAAGAAGUACCGGUACAGACACAGGGUUUAAACACGGAGAAUAGAGAAUAGUCUGAGAGAAAAGAAUAGUCUUUAUUUAUUUACAGUUAUCUGAUGUCUAACACUACAGACUGCACCCGGAGCUCAGGAAAACGUUCCUCUAAGCUAGCUACACCCUAACCCUACACACAGCAGCGUGAUGGUUUGUUUACAUGCCAUGUUUUAACAAGUUCCACUUAUUAUAACGUGAAAUGACGACAUGAACACAGUUUUCCUCCACGACCACCCACACUGAAGGAGGAGGAGGAGCUGCAACUGGCCGUUUGUGAUUCGGCUGAUGAGGGACAAACGUUCCCAGAGUUUAGCAAACCCUCUUGGCUUUCAGGGAUUUUUCUGACUCGGUUCUCUGCUAGUGGGGACACAAGGCGAGGAAGAUGGAGGUCUUGUCGCCGUCGAGGGGGAAGUGGAGCCGCAGCGCCGAGCCAGAGCAGCAUCCUCCUAGCAUUGCUUCUUCUGUGCGGUGGCCCCGUCUCUCACCAUGAACACCAGUAGGAACUGCUCCUCGGUGGGGAAUGGCGAGGGUCUGGCUGCCCUGGAGUCGGUCUCCAUCGUGACCAUCACGCUCCUCGCCUGCCUGGGGAACCUGCUGAUCGUGGCGACUCUUUAUCGCCGGCCUUAUCUGCUCACGCCCAGCAACAAGUUUGUGUUCAGCCUGACUCUGUCCAACCUGCUGCUGUCGGUGCUGGUGCUGCCGUUUGUGGCCGUGAGCUCGGUGAAGAGGGAGUGGGUGUUUGGUGUGGUGUGGUGCAACUUCACCGCUCUGCUGUACCUGCUCAUCAGCUCUGCCAGCAUGCUGACCCUCGGGGCUAUCGCUAUCGACAGGUACUACGCCGUGCUCUACCCGAUGAUCUACCCGAUGAAGAUCACAGGGAACCGGGCGGUGGUGGUCAUCGCCUACGUGUGGUUCCACUCCCUGGUAGGAUGUCUGCCUCCUCUGUUCAGCUGGUCCUCCUUCGAGUUCGACUGCUUCAAGAGGACGUGCGUUGCUUCUUGGCACCGAGAGCCGAGCUACACGGCCUUCUGGGUCACCUGGUGCAUCCUUCCCCCCUUCUUAGUCAUGCUGGCGUGUUACGGUGUCAUUUUCCGUGUUGCUCGUAUGAAAGCCCGUAAGGUGCACUGUGGGACGGUCGUCGUGGCCCAGGACGACGCUGCGGGAGCUCAGAGGAACGGCCGUAAGAACUCCAGCACCUCGACUUCCUCUAACGGGAGCAGACGGAGCCUGGUGUACGCGGGGAGUCAGUGUAAGGCCUUCGUCACCAUCCUAGUGGUGAUCGGCACCUUCCUCAUGACCUGGGGGCCGUACGUCGGGGUGGUUUGCACCGAGGCUUUGUGGGGGCAGAGCGGUGUGUCUCAGGGGCUGGAGACUCUGGUGGCGUGGCUUUCUUUCUGCAGCGCCGUGUGCCACCCGCUCAUUUACGGCCUGUGGAAUAAAACGGUGAGGAAGGAGCUGCUGGGGAUGUGCUUUGGAGAUCGCUACUACAGAGAGUCGUUCGCCACGCGACAACGGACGUCCCGCCUCUUCAGCAUCUCCAACAGAAUCACAGACCUGGGUUUGUCUCCACACCUGACUGCCAUGCUGGCUGGAGGAGGACAUCUGUUGGCCCCAGAGAGCAGCACAGGAGACACCGGCUUCAGUUUCACUCAGGAUUCAUGUACAGAUGUGAUGCUGCUGGAGAACUUCUCUACAGACGGCUCGUCUCUUCUGCAGCACCACGGGAAUCCGUCCGGGAAGAGGAGGAGCUCUGUGACCUUUGAAGACCAGGUGGAGCAUUCCAAAGCUGAAAACAUGUCCUCAGUCCAAGUCCAUGCAGAGGUCCACAAAUCCCUCGACACGUUUGCCUCCUGCCUGGCGAAGGCCAUCGAGAACGAUGCUAAGCUCACCUUGUUUGGGGAGGGUCUGGCUCUGCCGGGGGGACUGUUCACAGCGAGGACGGCACCGAGGCCCAGAUACCUGGACGGUCAGAGACUGAGGCUGGAGAGCAUCGACGAAGGGAUAGUCAAAGACGACAGAGAUGAAGAAGAGCAGGACGUGGAGGAGAAACCCGCCUGAACACAGCAGGUCCAGUUAUCUCCAGCGUUAAUGAGGGCUGAUGGUCUGCUCUCCCUGCAUGCUACUUGAAAUGAUUAGAAAGAGGCACAUUCUUCAUCCCACUAUGAUGAACCAAACCUUUAUUAAUGUAAUCAGAACUACUGUAACCUGAACGGUCCGACUGUGGGAUUCAUGUGUUUACUGCUAUAUAUUAUGGUCUGUUCUCAGAAUAACACAUGCCCCAUUAGACAGUAGGAAAGAAAACAUCAGUAGUUUCUGACUGACAGCACUGUGAUCUGCUUCCUUUAGAAAUGAUUCUUUAUCACAUGAAGUGAAGUCCGUUUGCAGCCAGAUCAGCUCCACUGAAGGCGCUUAGUCUCCAAAGCCUGCAGUCAGCAGCUGUUCUCCACAGACAGAUGUUUUCACUCACUGUCUCUAAUUAGACGGGUUUCUGGCCUGUGUGGGCUUCUGCAGCUCUUUCUGUUAGCUUGUUUACAGCAGUCACUGAGCAACACUGUGGACAUGCAUCAGUUUUACCGCUUUCCAUCUCUACUCUGAAUCAUGUUACACUGGAUGGAUGGAUGGGAAAGAGUUCCAUGAAGUCACAUCCUCUCAGUCAAAAUCACAAUAGUUAUCCUCGCUGUGAAAUUGUUUUAAAACUAAAAUAUGUAGAAGUUGUAAAACUAGACAAGAAUGCCAGAAAGCUGUGGGGUGCCAGAGUCUGGAGUCUUGUGGUAACAGAGUGGAGGAUGUGCUGCAGAAGAAGGAUGUAAUCACCAACCAGGAGGACGUGUGAAAACUCCACAGUAGCAGCUAACGGCUAACAGCUAACAGCUUGAUAUGCAGAGGAGUUGGUAACGUGAGAGUUACAAAUACUCUGUGCAGCUGUGCAGGACCUUUAAUGGAAUAAAGACGACAUUUUAAAGGGAGCAGAAAAUAAAUUUGUUUGUUUUCACAGUUUUGUGACUCUGAUUGUAGAUCUCUACUUAAACACCACGUUACACAGCAGGGAAAGAACAGGACAGACACUCAACUAUGACUGAGGAAAACACCUUUUACUGAAGACAUUUAUGUCCCAGCAGUUAAAAAAAGGUGUACAUUCUAAUUAAUCAUGGCUGAUUUCCAUUGAACUGCUUCAUUGACAUGGUUUUAGUGUUAUUCAUGCAACACCAGCCAUGUUUCUGUGUAACUCAACAGGAAGCUGACUUUUGAAAUCAUGCAGAAAAAAAACCUUAGACGUGUUUCCAUCAACGGGUUUUCAGCAGAUAACCUGAGAGAAGUCAUCAGAAGGAGGCAGUAGAGACUAUGAUGCGUAUGGCUGGAAUAAACAGAAGCAGCUGUUUGCCAUCCACCACAAAAAAACUCAAAGAAGAAACAGAACCGGCCGUCUAGGAGAUAGAAAUGUGGAGAGGUCUGAGGCAGAAACAGCCGAUCCGUCACGUGAGUUAAACGUCCACGAUGUUGGAUCUUAACCCAUGAAGCACGUUGACUCAAAAAGACAAAACCACCUCAAGUUAGUUAAAUAUCUGUUUUUUUUUCUGCAUUUUUGCAUUUCCAUCAGCCAAGGCUGCAGGUGAUAACUGCCCUCGUUUUCAGUUGAUCUGUGUGUUAUUUUCUAGGUUUGGUGUGUAAGAUGUCAGAAAAUGAUGAAAAACGUCAAAUCGUGUUUCUGAAAGCCUGAGAUGACACCUCAGAUAUGUUGUUUAUUCUUAUCCCAAAGAUAAUCAGUUUACAGUCAGGAGAAAAAGAACCAAAGAAGAUUUAGACUUAAAAAACAAUUAAGCAAGUCUAUCAAAGCUGUUUACCACUAAUUGAAUAGUUGACAGCUAAUUAAUUAAAAACUAUAGCUCGAUUAUAAUGUCAGAAAUGUUCCUCAUGUCUUCUUAUUAAUGUCUGAACAAAAACAUCUCAGAACUACUACUGUAGCUUGAAAUGUGAUAUGUCAAACAGAGGUGGAAUAGUUUUCAGACAGCAAUCUCAAAUAUCCUGAAAUAUUUGUGGAAAAAUCUUUUUUGCAUUUCAAAAGGUGCAGCUGCAAAACUAAAUUGUACAAAAUGAACUAAACCUCAAAAUGUCUCAUUUUUAUGGAACCAAUCAAGUUUUUAGUGGCCUUUUUAGGAUUUGUUAGUAUUAUGGCUGUGAUUGGACUAAAAGAAAUUAGACUUGAAGACCCAAGAGUGGUUCUCAAUGUGAUUUUUCACAAACGUAUGGCGUGUCCGAAAACUUUCCUCCUCCACUGAACAUGUCGAUGGAAACACGUCUACUGUCGGGACUGACUGAGACGCUUGAACAGAAUCAACAUUUUUGUGCUUUUCAUGUUCCAAUAGGAAGGAUUAGGGUUAGGUUAACCCUUCCUCCUGCAGUGCAUGCUGGGAUAGCUCCAAUAGGAAUGAAUGGGAACAGGAAACCAGCCCUGGUCUGCUGGCUGACAUGAAUGAGGAACCUGCAGAGUGAGAUGAUGAUGUGUUGGGUUAGUCCUUCCAUUUCAUGAUCACCUGUACCUGUGGACUUUCACAGUAAUUGCACUUGAACAUACGUGUUCUUUCACUACAUGCCAGAGGAGGUGGUGGUUCCCAUUUAUUAGCAAUGAAGACCAAAUGAGGAAAAUGGAUUCACUCAUGAAUACAAACAGCCCAGAAACAGAAGCUGUAAAUACCCAGUGGUACGUGUACUUCUAUUUAUCCUCCAACAGUCCUUUAGUAUUAGAGAAGAAGGAGCUCUGAGAGGAGAGGUUGUUCUCCAUGGAGCCGGUGCUUCAGUCUUACCUCGUAUUUUCAUGUUAUGUUUGAACAGGUACUACUUUUAUCAGAAAAACAAAGAUGUGAUGUAACCUUUGAUUUUUGCUAUACAGUAGUACAAAUAUUUGCAUUAAAGCUUUGUAUUAAGA